AUGUCCAAGUCAUUCUUGGGAGCCAAAGCUAAUUACAACACCCACAAUAAAGAACUUCUGGCCAUCAUCAAGGCAUUGGAAGAAUGGAGGAUCUUCUUAGAGGCAAUGGAUAAACCCAUACAGGUAUUCACAGAUCAUCAGAACCUGGACAACUUCAACUUUGAGAUCUACCCCUGCCCCAGGAAACAAUCAGGGAAACCAGAUGCACUAUCCAGGAGGUCAGAUUACACAGACAUACUGCAACAACCAGAAGUCAUGUUACCAACAGAAGUCUUUGCCAACACGUCAGAAGAAGAACUCAAAAUUGUCACAGAGGUUUGCAAUAAACUGAGGGAGGACCCUUCCCUUGAACCCAUUAUCCAGUUCCUAACUGAAGACGCAGACAACGCCCCUCCAUCAAUCCGGAAAGCGUAUAGAGAUUAUGAUUGGGAAGAGGACCUUCUUUGGUAUCAAGGAAAACUAGUAGUCCUGGACUCAGAAAUCCUAAAAGAAUGGCUGCUCAGGGAAUUUCACAACUCUCCCCUAGCGGGCCAUCCGGGUCAGCAGAGAACCCUUGAACUCCUAAGUUGUAGCUACUGGUGGCCAGGCAUGAAGUCAUCCACCAAAGAAUGGGUGGAGUGUUGCCCCACUUGUCAAUCCAACCAACAAGCCCAUGCUCCAGUAAUUUCCUUGAAACCCCUUGAAGUCCUGCCAUUCCCAUUCCACACAAUUUCAUACAAUUUCAUCACUGGGUUUCCCAAGUCCCAAGGUCACAAUGCCAUACUAGUGGUCAUAGAUUCAUUCUCAAAGUUUGGGCAUUUUAUCCCCACAACCAAGAAGGUCACCGCUAAGGGAUUGGCAGAUUUGUUCAUCACCCAUGUGUGGAAAUUACAUGGAUUACCUGUUAGAACUAUCUCAGACAGAGGAACCACGUUCACAGCUCCAGAUCAUUCAGACUGGGCCACAUGGCUACCUUUGGCGGAGUACACGUAUAACAAUGCCAAACAUGCGUCCACUGGAAAGUCCCCCUUUGAGCUGGUUUACGGAAGGAACCCAGUUAUGAACCCAUCCAAUGUACCGGCCAAUGUCCCCAAAGCAGAUCAAGUAGCAGACACUCUUGCCAAGGAAUGGAAGGAAGCCAAAGCAGCCCUUAGAAUGAGUAAAGAGAAAAUGACUAGGGAGAAAGGAACAGUACCUGAUUACUCAGUUGGCAAAAAAGUCUGGUUAGAUGGAAAGAACGUGGUACUUAGGACCAAUUCCAACAAACUAGACCCCAAGCAACUAGGCCCCUUUGAAGUCAUAGAAAAAAUCUCUAGCCAUGCGUACCGCCUGAAGCUCCUGGAAACCAUGAAAAUCCACAAUGUCUUCUAUGUGGGAUUACUGUCCAAAACCCAUGAAUCCCCAAGCCAGCCGUUCCCAAACAGACCCCCUCCUGAAACAAUAGAAGGGGAAGAAGAAUACAAGGUUGAAAAAAUCAUUGACUCAAAAAGGCAACAGGGGAAAUGGUUCUACCUAAUCAAAUGGAAAGGAUAUGGCCCAGAAGACAACUCAUGGGAACCAGAAGAACUACUUGAGCACAGCCAGAAUGAGAUCAAAAGCUUCAACCAAGCAAGACUCAGAAAGGCUUGUGACACUGCCAAGAGCCUUUAA